AUGAGGCUGAUUUCAAUAGUUUUGCAAUUCUUGACCCUUGGCCUAUCAAUAGCAGGCUUGCAACCAGCACCAGUACAUCGUCGCGAUGCUCCCAAUCCAGCAGACUUGUAUCCGGAGCAUAACAUAUCCGUGCCGAUAGAUCAUUUCCAGAAUGAGAGCAUGUAUUCACCUCACUCGGACGGAAUGUUCAGUUUGCGAUACUUCUUCGAUGCCAGUCAUUACAAAGCAGGAGGACCAGUGAUUGUUCUGCAAGGUGGUGAGACAAGCAUUGUUGGCCGGCUGCCUUAUCUUCAGAAAGGUAUAGUUGCUCAGCUAGCAGCCGCCACGAAUGGUAUUGGUGUUAUUCUCGAGCAUCGAUACUACGGGACCAGCAUGCCGACAGCGAAUUUGAGCACCGAGAACUAUCGCUUUCUGACAACAGAACAGGCUCUCGCAGAUCAGGCCUACUUUUCUCGGAACAUCGUCUUUCCGGGUCUGGAGCAUCUGAACCUUACUGCUCCGGGAACAGCUCAUAUUGCUUAUGGAGGCUCGUAUGCUGGUGCUUUCGUUGCAUUCCUUCGGAUCCAAUAUCCAGACAUCUACUGGGGCGCGAUUUCGUCGUCAGGUGUCACUGAAGCUAUCUACGACUUUUGGGAGUAUUAUGAAGCUCACCGCAAGUAUGCGCCUCCAGAUUGUGUUCAAACACAGGAGCGUCUGAUCAACGUCAUGGACAAUAUUCUGAACAGUGGCGAUAAUGAGACGAUUGAUGCAUUCAAGAGCGCGUUUAAUGCCAGUUCAUUCACCUACAACGAUGACUUUGCAAACACUAUGAGCCUGUCCUUUGGCUUAUGGCAAAGCCUCAAUUGGGAUCCAGCAGUCAGUGACCCAAGUUUCUACUACUAUUGUGGUAACAUAACAAACAAUUCUGUGCUCUUUAAUAACUCCGACCUGGCAUCGUCAGCUUCGGAAUGGAUCGAGUCAGGAGGUUGGGGCAAUGAGUCUUCAGCACUCACUAACCGAAUGUUGAAUUUCAUCGGAUGGAGCAAAGCCGCUUAUGUCGACGGAGUCAACAAUCUGGAUACAAGAUAUGGUGCACACAAUGCUUCGGCUGCAAAAUAUACCGACAAGUCGCUGAGCAACUACGGCAGUCUCUCCUGGGCAUACCAGUACUGUACAGAGUGGGGCUAUUUGCAAUCUGGAUCGACCGUUCCCCAGAACCUGCUGUCGUUGAUCUCUCGUUUGGUAUCUAUACCAUACAACAUGCUUGUUUGCAAUUAUGCCUUCGGAAUCUACGGACCUCCGGACGUUGGUCGGGUCAACAAGUACGGUGGUUUCAAUAUCUCUUACCCUCGUCUUGCCAUUAUCGGCGGCGAGGCAGAUCCAUGGCGAGCUGCUAGUCCACUUGCAACCCUGGAUAUGCCUGAUCGUCUGAACGAUACAAGCACAGUCAGCGAACCUAUAAUCCUGAUAGGAGGUCUGGCAGUGCAUCACUGGGAUGAGAAUGGCCUUUUCCCUAACGAAACCACAGCUGAGUUGCCUCCAGCGCCGGUACGAGACGCUCAAGCUCAGCUCGCGCAGUCCGUACAAGCUUGGAUGAUGGAGUGGCAGCAGCACUGCAUUGUAGAGCCAGGAAGUUGCAACUAA